AUCUCUCAGCUUGCAAGUUCUCUCUCUCAGAUAACUACAAGCCUUUGUACUGUACUCUUUAAAUACGCCGCCGUUUUUUAUAUAUAUACUACUAUAUUUUUUUCCUCUUACCUACCAUAAAACAAACUGUAAUCAUGCAAACCAUUUCGCCUGCGUUCUCGUGCGAUCUCAAAUCCGUAAUUCAACCGAAUCUAACGGCUAAGAACGCGCGUUUCUCUCACGUAAAUGGAAAGCGCGUGUCUGUUCGUUGCGGUUACAGGUCUGAGUCGUUUAGUUUCCCUAACGGUGUUGGCUCGAGUCGAGCUGAUUGGCAAAGCUCAUGCGCCAUCUUAGCCAGCAAAGUAGUCUCGGCUGAGAAUUCAAGCUCCAUCGCCGAUCAAGUCGCCGUCGUUAACGGACACAGUAAUAACGGCUCCGUCGAUCUAAGCAUCGUUCCGUCGAAAAACGGGAAGCCUGGAUUGGUUCAGCCGUUAACGAUUACGGAUCUGUCUCCGGCGCCGUCUCACGGAUCUACUCUCCGUGUAGCGUAUCAAGGAGUUCCCGGCGCGUAUUCCGAAGCGGCCGCCGGAAAAGCUUACCCGAACUCUGAAGCUAUUCCGUGUGAUCAGUUCGACGUCGCGUUUCAGGCGGUGGAGCUUUGGAUCGCCGAUCGUGCUGUUCUACCUGUUGAGAACUCUCUCGGUGGUUCGAUUCAUAGAAAUUACGAUCUCCUCCUCCGUCACCGUCUCCACAUCGUCGGAGAAGUUCAGAUCCCGGUUCACCACUGUCUCCUCGCUCUCCCCGGAGUCCGCACGGAUUGCAUCACGCGAGUGAUUUCGCAUCCCCAAGCUCUGGCUCAGACGGAAGGAUCGCUCAACAAACUCACCCCAAAAGCAGCGAUCGAGGCGUUUCACGACACAGCCGCGGCGGCGGAAUACAUCGCGGCGAACGACCUCCACGACACGGCGGCGGUUGCGAGCGCAAGAGCAGCUGAGCUCUACGGGCUCAAUAUUCUCGCCGACGGGAUCCAAGACGACGCCGGGAACGUCACGCGCUUCUUGAUGCUGGCGCGUGAUCCGAUCAUCCCCCGCACGGAUCGUCCGUUCAAAACGAGCAUCGUUUUCGCGGCUCAGGAACACAAAGGAACUAGCGUUCUCUUCAAAGUGCUUUCCGCGUUCGCGUUUCGAAACAUCAGCCUCACGAAAAUCGAGUCGCGGCCGCACCAUAACUGCCCGGUCAGGGUCGUCGGCGACGAGAACGUCGGGACAUCGAAGCAUUUCGAGUACACGUUCUACGUGGAUUUCGAAGCGAGUAUGGCGGAGGCGCGUGCGCAAAACGCGCUAUCGGAGGUGCAGGAGUACACGUCAUUCCUCAGGGUGCUGGGAAGUUACCCAAUGGAUAUGACGCCAUGGUCCACGUUACCACCACCUAGCCAAGACGUAUGACACUAUUCCUAAUAUAUAAUUUUAUAAUAACAUUAUGAUAAAAUUAUCGUAAUUUAUAUAUAUAUAUAUAUACUUGGGAAUUAAAAUUAGAAUUUGUAGAACUCGUUUUGCAUGUGAUAUAGUGGGAGAAUAAUAUUAAUUUUAUUUCUCUCCUAUAUCACAAACCAAAUAUUUUGUGUGUUGUAUAUGUAUCUUCUACUCUGUGGGAACAAGACCGGUUUGUAGUUUGGUUUCGUCGAAGAUUACAAUUGAAGAUAUUUUCUUAAGCUAAGCUCA